GUUUCUCUGUCUCUCGUUCUGUCUGUUGCUUUGUCUGUCUGUCUCUCUCUUUCACACACACCUUGCAUUGCACACUGAAGUUACUGUCCCACAGCUCUGGAUGAUUUAUUUUUCUUGCCAAGAAAUGAAAGAGUGGCAUCAGACCUUUUUGCUGUAGUGGAUCGUUUUUUCCCCUCUGAUAUCCACAUCAGAAGAAUCAAGAGGAUUAGAUUUUUCUUAAUUUUCUAAGGAUGGGACUGUACCAACGCUUACCCUAAGCUCUAUAAUGUAUUUAAACUUUUCUGGAGGAGUUUUAUUUUUCGGGAGUACAAAUAUUUCUUCCAUGGAGGAUUUAAUCAUAUUCUAACUUGUAUGUAGUGUGAAAGAAUUUGACGAGCCAACCAUGCUGAUUGGUUUACAUCUCAACAUUUUCUCAAAAUGUUUGUAAAUUCAUAGCCCAUGACUAUAAUUUAUUUAACCAGUGAAGUAACCCUUAUAGCAGGAAUCUAUAGCAUUCAGUUCCGAUAAUAAAAAAUACAAAUAAUACUUAUGGGCAGUGAUUUUUUCUUUCAUUUGCUCAGAGGCUGUCAGAGAAGAACAUGAACAAACAUACACUUUCCAAAUUAUUUGAUAGAACGUUGCAAUGUAAGACAUGGGCUGAACUCUUAAAUUGACAUUACAUGUUUGUCAUUUAGCACUCUUAACUUGUAAUUGUAUUUCUUUUUCACUAUUAUUUGGCAGAUUGUUUUCGGGUUUUUUACGUGUUAGAAGUUUUUCAAACGUAAAUUCUCUGUUAAUAAAGUUUACACUCUGGGAGUUGCUAAAACAUUCGCCAGUGCGCAUUGGAUUCCACACAGGUCCUCAGUGCGCAUUGGACUGCACCGGACAGACACAGACUGAAAGAUUCCUGAAGAUUUCAUAUGGAGCCGAGUGAGUCCGUUCACCAAUCUGACCACCGGACUAUGUGGCUGACCCACCUCGCCUUGCUGCUGCUCCGGCUGGCGGUGUCCGCGGAGGGGCUCUCCACCUGCCAGUCAUUCAGCCUGGAUGAUCAGAAGUCCAAGCGCAUCGAGGCCGUUCGCGGUCAGAUCCUCAGCAAGCUCCGCUACCGGAGCCCACCGGAGCCCCCCGCACCGAGCCCACAGCCCGAGACUGUGCCCGCUGAGGUGAUGCUGCUCUACAACAGCACUCGGGAGCUGCUGAAGGAGCGUGCGCGCCAGGCCGAGUCCGCGUGCGACCGGGAGAGCAGCGAGGAGGAUUAUUAUGCAAAAGAGGUUCAGCGCAUAGACAUGCUUCCGCAGCGCACAGACAUCAAUGCAGUGAACCCUCCAGUCCCCAGCCCAUAUUACAGAGUGGUGGGAUUCGAUGUGAGUGGUGUGGACAGGAACUCCAGCACCCUGGUCAAAGCUGAGUUCAGAAUCUACAGAGCAGCCAACCCCCAGGCCCGCACCUCAGAGCAGAGAGUAGAGAUCUAUCAGGUGAUAGAGCCAGAAGAGCCAACAGGCCCCUCGCAGAGAUACAUCGAUUCCAGAACUGUUCGCCCACGGACCAAGGGGGCGUGGCUCUCUGUGGAUGUCACUGACACUGUGAAGGACUGGCUGGCUCAUAAGGAGAGGAACCUGGGUUUGAAGCUGGGUGUUCACUGUCCAUGCUGCACCUUCGUUCCCUCCACCAACAGCAUUGUGUUCAAUAAGAGUGAGGAGCUGGAGACACGCUUCGCAGGUCUGGAUGAUGAGCUGCUUCAGCAGCAGGUGCGGAAGCCGGGGGCUAAGGGCCAGGUAGAGUUUAGUACCAAGACCCCCCACCUCAUCCUCACCCUGCUGCCCAGUGACAGGGUAGACAACCCGGGCAAAAAGACCCGCAAGAGGAGGGCUGCUGCAGACACCACCACCUGCUCCAGGAAUUCAGGCGCGGGCUGCUGUCUGCGAUCUCUCUACAUCGACUUCCGCCGGGACCUGAACUGGAAGUGGAUCCACGAGCCGAAGGGCUACAAGGCCAAUUUCUGCUCUGGCAGCUGCCCAUACCUCUGGAGCGCUGACAACCACUACAACAUGAUCCUGCCACUGUAUAACAAGCUGAACCCUGAGGCGUCGGCAUCUCCGUGCUGCGUACCUCAGGACCUGGAGCCUCUGACCAUCGUGUACUUCAUGGGCCGAACGCCCAAGGUAGAGCAGCUCUCCAACAUGGUGGUCAGGUCCUGCAAGUGCCGCUGACGCAGGGGCCCAGCGACGGGAGAGGGGGAAGGAGGAGGAAAAGAGCUGGACAAAACAACGACUACUUGUGCUCCUCAAGCAAAAAGGACAGACUGACCCUCUCUGUCUAUAUAUUCAACCCUUCAUUUCACUUCCAGUCGGAGUCUGGCACAGGCUGGUUUCUUUUCAAAUCUCACAAGUAUGAAACUGAGAAAUUGUCUUCAACUCUGGGUCUUUUCCCCACUUUCAUAAGGUCAAAAAUACUGUAAAUAUCUUAUUAAUUGAAAUAGCUUUAUUAAACUUUAUUUCACAUUUUCAAAAUCUGAUAUUAAAGUGUUUUGGUUGGAAAUACAAUGUGUGCUUGUUGCAUAAGAUUAUGUGAACUCCACCAAGUAGCUUUAGGCAGAGAUCUGUGUGCAUUUCCUAAAGGGAGACGAUUUUGAUGUGAACUGUUGAUGUGAGCUAGUUUUCCUUUGGGCUGAAAGAGGGAGAGAAGGAGAUGGAGAGAGAAAGAGGCUGAGAGAGGAUAGAAGAGAAAGAGGCUGAGAGAGAGAAGAGAAAAUGACAGCGCGAGAGAGGGGAGUGAGGAGAGGACAGAGAAGGAGAAAGAGCGAGAAAUAUGAGACGGGAAGCAAAAUAAAGGACAGAGUGAGGUUGUGUGUCCAGGCAGUAGAGGCCUCUAGCCAGCUCUCUGCGGUAAGGGCUGAAAUCUGCUGGCGUAAACAGGAUGUGAAAGAUUUCCAGAGCGACCACUCACGGAAUGCCAGAUUUAAACCCGUUCAGGGUUUGUGGUGAGAGGAGAGGAGGAAUGAAACAGAAAGGAGGUUUUCAAAGGAGAGACAUGGGCUGAUAGGCCCAAUUUGGAACACAUCCACAUUGGACGGUGGUAGCCAUUUUGUAGCCUUAGCAAAUGUGUAACUAUUAGGUCUGGCAUGGUAGGGCUUUGCACAGCUGUAACCACACUUUUUAUUUAUUUGUCAUUUACUUCUUACUUGAUUGCUGUUUGUAUAACAUGUUAAGGUCAUAUUGAUAACAUUGAUCCAGUCACACAAAUCAAAGUUUGGCCACGUUAACCACUUUUGAUAAGAUGCAUAAAAACUCUAAAUACAUCCACCCUGGAACUCAAAUUAUAUUUAGGCCUUCUGGUAUUUCAGUGGUUUGAGAGAGAGACUGCAGUGUUCUGUAUGUUUAUAUCUAGGCUCUGUGUACUGCUGUGGUUGACACUGAACCUAGAGAGAAACAGAGUGGGGUCUGUUCGGCUGCCAAGUCGGUCUGCUUUAUGCGCCAAACACAGAAAGGUGAUGAAAAAUAGAUAGUGCCUAGAGAGUCGGACAUAGUAACCAGACUGUACCCCCAUUAACCCUCUUCUCCUCCCCCAGUCCCUGUGAGCCUUUCUGGGGCCCCGCCCGUCCCUGUCCAGCCUCUCUGGGAAAAGGACGUGUGGCCUCUCUGUAAAGGGGAAGGAGGGGUGAGAGGACGUGAGGGGGGUAGACCCCUGAGUGGCUGGCAGGCUGCAGGACAGAGGUGUGGUGAGGUCCCACCCCUCCGUCCCCGGCUGUAAACCAGCCCAGCAUCUGUUAGUCCUUUCCACCUAACCACCCCUUACUAUAUUCAACCUGCACUUAUCCCAAAGUAACACUACUCUGGGUGUCUGAGUGUGUGUGUCUGGGUGAGUGCCUUUGAAACGGUGUGUAGUGUGUGUGUGUGUGUGUGUGCGUGCUUGAGUGUGUAGUAUGUGCACAUACAAUCUGACAUCCCUUCUAGCCCCACCCACACCUCUCCCCAAGGCCUCUCUACACAGUAUAUCAUGUUGUUAUCUCAUCAGUCUAUCAAACCUACAGUAUUGUAGGUUUGUAUAGGACUUUUCUUUAUUUAGAAAAGCACAAUUAUAUUUUAAAUACCAGUUUGGCACAUACACAUUCAGGGCAACAGAAGAGCGUCAAAACAAACAAGCUAUACAAGCAGAGUACUGAAUAUCCCACAUGCUGAAGGACAUUGGAUAUACAGGGACAUGGAUCUCUGACACCAGAUCUAAAUGGUUAUUAAAAAAAGUCCAUCCACUUUAGUGUCAUUUAAAAACGGUGUCUGAGGUUUGGGCUGAGCUCCAGUAGCAGACAGGACAGCAGCCUCUACACCUAUGCAGAGGAGCUGUUGUACUACCCUUGGUACUAUUUCUCAACCCAGUGAGUCUGACUUCACUGAGCUGAGACAGUUUAUAUAUUCUAUACCUGUGCUGCUGAAUACAUUCAUUGGUUUUCAUACAAAUAUUUCUCAAUGGUGACUGUGGUCCUCAGUCAGUGAGAUCUAAUAAAUGGUUGGCCUGGUCCACAUUGAUCUCCAGUAGAUAAGUCCAUCUGAGCUUUAAGGUCUGCUUCUCCUUUGAACACUA